AUGAGCACUUCCGACAAAGAGACAGUGGCCCAAGUGCCUGCUACUGCCGGUCCAGUCCAAGACAAGGAAACCACAGCACCAACUACAGCAGAGACAAACCCACUUGCUGCAGAGGAAAGCACAGCAGAAGCAACAAGAUCUACUGAAGCUCCCUCGGUCAUCCCUUCCGCAUCACCUCCAACAUACGAAGAUACCCAAAAAGAGGCCGUCGCCGUGCCCCCAGCAGCCAUAAUCAACAAUGGGGACUCAAUUGAAGCCGCGCGCGCCCAACCAACAUACCCAACCUACGAUGAAAAACGAGCAAUGAACGAACAGGCCCAGGCCCCGGUCCCCGUAGACCCACGACUCGUACCCCUCGAGAAGCUGUACGAUGAACCCAAGCUGAUCAGCUGUCCAUUCUGCUGCCAGAAUGCCAUGACAAGAGUGAAUAAGGAGAGCACAGGCUCGACCUCAAUGGCGGCUCUCUGUUGCUGUCUCUUUGGUGGUAUCUGUUGUGCUUUCUUGCCUUAUUGUAUGCAGAUGUGUCAUGACUCGCAUCACUUUUGCACGAAUUGUGGGCAGAAGGUUGCGCUUGCGCCGCAUGAUGCGCCGGUUCAGGUAUUCUCGCCCAGCAAUCCAGGGAUGGUCACUGUGCCGCCGAAGCCUGUCCAGGCCCCUGAGGCUGUUUUGAAGAAUUAG